UUCUGACAUUUGGCAAAAAUUCUUCUACACGUAAAAAAGUACACACACAUUUUUCAUUUCUAAACAAAAAGAAUUCCACAAAAAUUUCAUGAAUUUCAAUAAAAUUCAUAUAAAAUUUAAAAUAAUAUAAUAAUUUCAAUCAAAAGACAAGAGUGUACAAAGUGGGACGAAAAUGACUGAAAUAAUGGUUGAUCGAAUUGCUCACUAUACAACAGAAUAUUUCAAAUGUUACCUUUGUAAUAAAAUAUUUGCUGAUGGCGAUGAACCAUGGCAUAUGUUUGAAAAAAGACUCGCUGAAAAUGGACAAAAUGAUUGUCCUUUAGCUGCAAUUCUAUCAUCAGCUUUGGGCAAAGAUUUGGACCAAAAAAGUGUUCAUUCCAAAUUAAUUUGUGAUGAAUGCAAUGUAAUUUUGUUGGAAUAUGAAAGAAUUGAAAAAAGAUUCUAUCAUUUUCGAUUGAAAAUUUUAACCGAUUACAAUAACACAGCAAAAGAGAAUAAUCUCGAACCGAUUUGGUUUGAAAUUGGUGAUAUUGAUGAAAGUGGCGGAGUUCAAAUGAUGCAAAUCGAACAACAACAAGAGGAAGUAAUAAAUCUUAAAGAUGAAACUACGAACAUUCUUCCAUCUGGAAUAAAUGUUAAGUUAGAAAAUGAUGAAAUUAUCACUCAUAUUCCAAUUCUUGAUAAUCAUCAUCAUCAUCAUCUUCAACAGCAGCAACAAGAAGUUGCUAAUUUAGUUGUUGAAGAUAAAGAUGUUGUCGUGGAGGAAUAUGAAGAAGAGGAGGAUGCUAAUGAACAGGAAAAUGAUGGUGAUUUAGCACAACAAUUGGAUUCGGCACAAACUAUUUUAAUACAAAAUCCUGGACAGGAGUUGGACAGUGCAACAGUGAUGACAUAUGAGGAGAAGAGUUUGCAUGUUAUGACGGAAGAAAUUCCAUAUGAGCAAAUAAUUGAACAAACUUCAGUUAUAAGUUAUGACAACAGCAUAGAUGAUGUCCAUGAGUCAGCAAUUGAUUAUAAUAGUAGCAAUGAUGACAAUCCACCAAUUAUUCCAGAUGACACACUAAUUAUAACAUCCAAUUCCAAACUACAAAAAAGAACAAAUCGUGCUAUGAAACGUGAACGUGAACAAAAACAACAUCAACAACAAUUAGCAACCGAUCAGCAACAACAACAAUUGCAACAGCAACAACAAUUAUCUUUAGAAUUUGAAUUCAAUGGAAUUAUGUAUGUUUGUCCAUUGUGUCCCGAACAAUCUGAACACGAACCAAUGUUAUUUUCCAGUCAUUUAAAAAAUGUCCACAGUUACAAAUUCUAUGUCUGCGACAUAUGCUACAAAGGCUUCAACAAACGCAACGAAGUCAGCGAUCACAUGGACGAAUUCCAUGGCGAUGGAACUGAAGAAGGCGAAUUCCAUUGUGAGAAUUGCAUGCGAGUCUUUUUGAAUCUUCGACAAUUCCGUAUCCAUAAGCGACUUCAUUAUAGUUCGACCAAACAGCAUGAAUGUCCGGAAUGCCACAAGAAAUACAGUUCCAAGAAUCUACUUGACGAACACAUGAAUAUGCACACGGGCAAGCGACCGUAUAAAUGCGCUUCGUGUAGUAAGGAUUUCGCUUCCAAAUACACUCUGCAAGCUCACAUGAAAAUUCAUACCAAACGACCGAGACCGUAUAGUUGCGAUGAAUGCGAUAAGUCGUUUUUGAAUCAACAGAAUCUAGUUCAGCACAAGAAACUCCAUACUGGCUUAAAGACGUUCAUCUGUGAAGUGUGUCAAAAGGCAUUUGGAACGCAGCACAAUCUCGACGUGCAUAAGAUUGUCCAUUCGGGUAAUAAGCCAUUUAUAUGCCGAACAUGUGGCAAAGGAUUUGCCCGACGAGCUGAAAUAAGGGAUCAUGAGAGGACGCACACCGGCGAGAGGCCAUUCAAGUGUGACCUUUGUACAUUGGCAUUUGCCCAAAGAUCCAACUUAAUGACGCACAAAAAGGCCACCCAUUUGAAUGACAAGAAGCACAAAUGCGAUCUGUGUGAUAGGUCGUUUAAGCGACGACGAUUGCUGGAAUACCAUACAAAGUCAGCACACACAGGUGAGAGACCGCACAAAUGCGAGGUGUGCAGUGCCACAUUUGUCUAUCCCGAGCACUUUAAGAAGCACAUGCGAAUACAUAGCGGCGUUAAGCCGUAUGCGUGUGAAGUGUGUGGGAAAUUGUUCAAUAGCCGCGACAAUCGCAAUGCCCAUCGAUUCAUUCAUAGCGAGAAGAAACCCUACGAGUGUAUGGAAUGUGGAAUGGGAUUUAUGAGGAAGCCAUUGUUGCUGUCGCAUAUGAAACACACGAAACAUGUGAAUGAUACGAUAAUUGUAAAUCAGCCACAAAUAAGCCAUAAAGGAGUGUUGGAGGUUUACAAAGAGACAGAUGAUGAUGAUGAAGAGGAGGACGAUGAGGAAUUGCUGAUGGUUGAGAGUCAGCAGCAGCAGUUGCAGGUUGAGGCAGAUGAAGCUGAUGAAGAAGAAGAAGGAGAAGAAGAUGAAGCUGGGUAUGAUGAAGUUGUGACGUCGGAUACGAUUUUAGUAGAAGAUGGCGAUGGGCAGUAUAUUAAAGAUGAAGAUGGCGAAGUUAAAUACUUGCAAUUUGCUGAAAUGGAUAAAGAUGGUCAGGCGACUUUUACUUGGGUUGAUAUCGGUGGAGGAAACAAAGAAGAUGAAAAUUAAAUCCAACGAAUGGGAAGGUUUAAAAUGUUCAAGUUAUUUUUUUUUUUGUUCUUCAAUUAAAAUGAGACUGAUAAUUUAAGUGAAAAUAAAUGACCUCCUGGAUGAUUUUCAAGGGUAUGCCGGAAGGAUUUGUUAUUCUGUUUAAUUGCAAACCAAAAAGUCGUAGAUUGACUUGGGUCGUAAUGAUGAACUUCUACUAAAACAAAACAUGCAAGAAUAUUUCAGAGUUGGCAGUUGAAAAAGAUUUAAAUGUGUAUUCGAAUAUGUUUGUCAACUUUUUUGUAAUUAUGUAUUUUAUUUCCAAUAUGUAACUGUAAAUAAUUUAAAUUUUUUGUUUAUUUAAAUUAAGAAAGAAUAUUAUGAAACA